AUGACCCAUACGUUCUUAUACCAACAAGUCAGCAGCAUGCGAGGCUCAGGCAAAUUCUUUUUUUCAGGAAUAUCUUAUUUAUCCAAAAGCCAAGAGGAGAAAGCGUUAACAUGGUUAAAUUCAGUGUACAAGGAUGAGUCUUCUGAUUUGUUGCCAAGCUUAAAAGCUUCUGCUGACACACUGUUGAUUAGAAUGGAAGAUAUUUUGUUUGAAGAGAGAAUGAAGAUCAAAAUUGGUGAAUGGUGUUCCGGAUUGUUGCACAAUACAAAUGAAGGAUCUCCAUUUGCGUUUCUACGAGAAUUCCACUUGAAGGCUUAUGGUUGGAGUUGUUGCGGAUCUUGUGGAAAGCAAAUACAUUGUGGAUGUAUAGUUUCAUUCCAUAUGUUCAUACUAUUGGAUGCAGGAGGAAUUGAAUGCCUGACCUGUGCGAAGAAAAGUUACAUUUUGAUGCCUUUGCUGGCUGUUGGCACUUAUAUUCUUGGGUAA